AUGUUUAUCCGCCUCUCUACCGUUUUUGUUAUGCUUCUCGGCCUGACGGCCCUUGUCAGCGCAGCACCCGACAAGGUCAAGAGAGAGGAAGAGGUCGCAGAACCUGUUGUAACAUGGAGAAUACCGCGCGAAUACCUGUCUGGUCUAUGCGCGGACACCAGGCAGGUCUGGGCGAUUCAAGCGGAGUUUAACGACAAAUCUGCCUGCCUGCUGCUCAUCAUGACACCACGUGUGAUACGUGGAGACGAUGCUGGCGCGGAUGGGGUUGGAGGGUCCAUAAUGUCUGGCCUGGGGACCUCGGAAUUGAUCCCAAGUGAAGUCGAACUUUUGAAAUUAAGCAACCUUUACAGCUUUCUACUCGACCUCGACGUAUCCCUGGAAAAGCGUACGGAAGUGCAUCAAGAUGUACCGCAGAUAUGGGCCUUGCAGCAAUCUCCGAGAGUGUUUCGCAUUGUUUGA